AUGGCGCACGUCAGCUCGGGCCAGGGCUUCACACGGACCAGCUCUGCGCGGGAGUCGCUGACGAACAGCAUAGACGUGGACUGGAACGUCGAGGAUGCACGAAGUCUCGUGUCUUCCCGGACUUUCGACCUGGCCUCCGACCUCUUAGACGUGGAUGUGCCGUAUGAAGGCCAAGAGCCGCUAACAUUCCUCCACUACAUGAAGGGCUACGAGUACCGGCCUCACAUUGAUGGCAACCUUUUCCUUUCGAAGCGCUCGCAGCCGAUUGGAAACCGCAUAGCGACAACGCUGAUCUACUGCGAUGCUGCCGACGAGGGCGGCGCGACUGUCUUCACGAACGGCGAAAAAUUGAAGUUCCAGCCCCGCCGGGGCGAUGUCCUCUUCUUCGCGUACAACCCCGACCCCAAGACAGAGGCGAUGCACGCGGCGUGCCCGGUGAUGGCGGGCAACAAGACGACGCUGACGCAGUGGCACCGCCUGGGUGUCUCCAGCAGAGCGAGCUGGGACAACUUCUCGGACUGGGGCAGGUUCCACAACCCGUACCAGGGCUCCGAGUGGAAGGGCAGCCGGUUCUCAGUCCAAGGCAAGGCUGAUCUGUGA